AUGGGACCAUCGUUGAAGAUCUCAUUUGCUUCUCGCGUGAGAGGCCUUGAUUCCCAUGCUCAGGAACUUCUCAUUGGAAUAUACGAACGGAACCCCCAAUUCAAUUCGCAUCUCCUUAUUGAAGAGUACGUUGCUGACGAGUCCAAUGCCAGUGCCAUUGGUGAGAGAUUCACAGACUAUGCCAGAAUAAUUGAAGAUGCUACCGUUUUAAAAUAUGCCUUCAUGGAAGUUUUUAAGAAACUAGACGGUAAAAGAAAACCCAAAUCGGCAAAGAAGAAAAAAAGAUCCAAGAAACAUGUAGCCAACUAUAUCAGUUAUCCUACAAGCACCGGAUCUAAUAAUGUCUCAUUUUCUGAUGCCAUCUCCUCAGCAAAUGAUAUUGACACUUAUACCAUUUCCCAGAUCUUUAAAAAUGGAUCGGUGGCGGAAAAAUUAGCAGCAUCAUUAAAUAAAGUGAAAUCGACUAAUGGAGACUUUCCCCAAACGAUUGUCGAGGAACUCCAAGAUAUUUUGACCCUUGAGACUUUACUCGUAUCAUAUUUGAUUUAUUGCCACUAUCAAAAAAUUGCCGAUGCCCUUCUUACCGCAAACUUUGAGAUAAUCUCUCAUUUAUCCUACUAUCAAGACUUACAGGACGAUCAAUGGUAUUUCCGCAAACUUUAUCAUAUGCUCAGAAUUUUGCCCGAGGUGGCCAGUGUUUUUGCCUUUGGAGUUUGGAGUGAAGCUAAAGGUAUCGUGUCUCAAGACCGAUCUGGAUCAUAUAUCACCACCGCCAACGCCACAAAAUUGGCCCGUAUCACCGCAGAAUCUUUUUGGGGUAAUGUUAACACUGUCAGCAAGUUACCUUACAAUGUUUUGGCUACUGGUUUGAGAGGCUAUCAAGGAGUUGGAAUCUCUGCUUUUGGAAAAUCCAAAAUAGAUACUCGUAGUAGAAACCCUGUCUCGAUAAUUCUACAACCUUUCAAAUUGGUGCUCCAUGUGGUAAAGAACUAUGCCGACUGGUUUUAUAGUUUAUUCGAAUAUCCUGUUGCCCUCAUUGAUGGAUACUUCAAUACCAAGGUCACAAAGCUUGAAGAGUUGAAGUAUCAAAACAUUGAAAAAUUGGGAGCUUUGAUCAAAGAAUUCCCAGAAGAUUACAAUACCAAGACCGAAUCAUCUGCCGUGAAUCAGAAAUCAAUUCUCAAGCUUCAGUACAUUCUUGCCAAUGAUGAUCUUGAGAAAAUCUCCAAUUAUGAAAUCGCAGCUAAAAGUAGCGGCUCUUUGGAUUUUGGAGUGCUUUCUCAUGCCAUUCCUACUUUCCGCACCAAUUUCUCCAAAAGAAUCAAUGCCCUUGCAGCUCCUCAAUCAAUUGCUUCUCAUUGGCCGCUUAUUGGGUUUGCCUUACUUUAUGGGCCAUCUUCUGCCAUCCAAAUUUUCCAAUCGCGUUAUGACAUUGCUAAUUGGAUUCGUGAGAAUUUGUUGCAAACUAUUAUGAAGUUUUACGAAAACUGGGUCGCAGCUCCAGUCCUCAACAUCAUUGCCACCGUCCGCCAUGAUGAUUCAUCGCAGAUUUCUAUCACCGGCAAAAAAUCAUUGACCAGUGAUAUCGAAUCGCUUGAGCGGAUGAUUGUUGGGUACCUUUCUAAAACCAACGGAGGGAUUUCUACCGAACAAAUGGCAAUCAUCAAGCAGAAUGUCCACGAUGGUGACUUGACCCCAUUUAUGGUGGACUACGAGCAACAAAUCGCUAGUCCAAUCCGUAGUCUUGUGGCCGGGGACCUUUUACAAUCUUUGCUCAUUCAGGUGCAGAAAGUCAAGGUGGAUGGAGAUCUUGUGAUCAGCGGCAUUGAUAAGCUUCUCAAGAGCCAAGAACUUGUGUUUGAGUGUAUUGCGGUGCUUCCUGCAGGACUCGUAUUGAUUUGGUUCCUUGGCACUUGUAGAGAAGUGGCCAAAAGGGGUUGGAGAGGAAUUUGGUCGCCAAAUAAAGGGAAAUACCGGGAAGCUCUGAGACAGAAUUUGAAUCAAUUGGAAAGACUUUUGAUUUUGGAUACCCAGGAGGAGAAAGGGACUGAAGAUUAUUAUUCCAUUGGGGAAAUGGCGAUUGAAGUGUUGUUGUUGCAGUAUAAUUUGGAUAAGAUCAUUCCAAGAAACGUGAAGAAAUACGUGGAUGUCGACAUUGGUGAUUUGAGUAGCAGAGAAUUCGAUAGUAAAUUGAAGAUUAUGGUGGUGGAGAAAAUGUGGAGAAACUACAACCGUUAUUUGGAGUAA